GCUGCAGGAAGGAAGGAGAGAGGGAGGGAAGAAGGUGUAACCAGGCCCGGCCCCCUGGACAGCCCCUGGGACCUUCCUAAUCGCUGGGGACUGACUCACCCUACUUCAAAGCCUUGGCUGCCAUUCAGUUGUUUAACCUGCGCCUAGCACUGUCGCCCCGGAAUUCUGCUCUGCAGCUGCUCCCCGGGCAGGUGCCUCCCAUCCGCCCUCCCAGCCUGUCCCCAGCCAGCUACAGAGCAGUCAGUCCCCAGGGCUAUCCAGCGAUGGCUGUGAAGGUGCCCCUGUGGCACCACUACCUGCAGGCCAUCCGGUCUCGGGAGGUGUCCCAAGUGCAGGACUUCCAGCGCGCCGAGGACAUCCUGCUCACUGUGCUAGAGCGUGUGCAUGCCCUGGACCCCCGCUUCCUUGUGGACUACUCCCAUCACCUGGAGGCCUUCCAGUUCGCCCUGCGCUCCUCGGAUGACCCACUGGACAUGCAGGUGCUGCUACGGGUGGACACCAGUGCGCUCCUGAUUGAGGAGCUGGGGACCUCGGAGUCAGGGGGCGGCCCUGUGCUCUGUCGCCUGGGGAUCCCUAGGGAAGCAACCAACCUGGAGCCAUGGAUGACUGAAGAUGUUUUCAGCGCCUCCUCAGAGGGCAAUGCCGAGUGCUGUGGUUACAUCGUGCCCAGCAAGGUCCUCCGUGUCCUCAAGGACCUGCUGGUGGCCGCCAUCGUGCAUUGCAAGCACCACAGCCUCAUUGCGCCAGGUUCACUGAGUGCCACCAGCCUGCAGGAGGAGCAGCUCCACCUGUCUCUGCUCGUGUCCAGCGGCUGGAGGAAGAUCCGCUUCAAUGUCAUGCCCGUGCUGAGGAGGAAGGGCGAUGUGCCCGGCCUGUGCAGUGCCCGGCUCACUGCCGGCUUCCCAGAGGGUGCCCUGAGAAGGAUCGUCAGCUACGGGGCAGACCUGGUGCCUGCCAGCACCCAGCACUGGAGGACCUGCACAGGAUACCUGCUCACCCAGCUGCUUGGGGAGCUGGGCACCCUCCAGGGCCACCGCCUGGACAGCCUCGCCCUCCUCGACCGGGUCAACCAUGAGCACUGGAGGGCUGGGGGCCAUGAGUCAGGCCUGACCUUUGACCACCUGAAGAAUGCGCUGCUGUGGGCGUGUGCUCUCUUCCCAGCACCUGAAGACUGGGCAGAGCUGCAGGGCGCUGUGUACCGAGUGCUGGUAGUGCUGCUGUGCUGCCUGGCCACCGGGACUAUGCCGAACGUCCUCCACCCUGGGCUCGACCUGCUUCUGGGCAGUGGCCUGGACCUUGGCCGCGUCUACCAGCAGGCGGAGGGCUUUGCUCGCCAGCCUGAGGCUGCCCUGCGCAUCCACGCCACCCACGUGGGCCGCAGCCCCCCACCACGCGUGGGCCACGGGGUCAAGGCACUCCUGCAGCUGCCGGCCAGCGACCCCACCUACUGGGCCACUGCCUACUUUGAUGUCCUGCUGGACAAGUUCCAGGUCUUCACCAUCCAGGAUGCGGACCGCAUUGCAGGCAUGCAGAGCAUUUUCCGGAAGUCCAAGAGCCUGGGCAGCAUGGACAGCCGGGCUGCAGAGGAUGGGCUUCUCCUGGAGAGUGGUGGUGGGGCCUCUGGAGCCCUGGGGGUGCCGCAGGCUGUAUAGGGGAUAGCAGGAGCAGUCUGAGUGCACCAGCCCCAUCCACCAGUGGAGGACCUGGGAUGAAGGGGUAUGUGCCUCCUGGGACCCAGGGUGACCCACUGCAUGACUCUGGCAGGAAGACUGAGUCUUUGGGGACCAGCCUGGAGGGUUUAUCCAGCCCAUAUGUGCAAGGCCACUCCUUGGUGAUUAAAUAUCUGGCUCCCGGGCAA